AUUUUCCGCGUAUAAUCUCUCUCUCUCUCUCUCUCUCUCUCUCUCUGUGCAAAGAUGCAGUGCUUGACGAGGCUAACCAUUUUCCUCUGCUGCGCAUGGAUCCUCACUCUCCUCUACGGCGAGAUGAUCGCUUACUGGAUCCCUCUUUGGGCCUGCUCUUGGCCCAAACCCCCUUCUAACCCCUCGAGUGUUGAAGACCAAGUGAAGGUUGCUUUCAUAGCUGAUCCCCAGCUCAUGGAGAGGACUUCUCUGGGGCUUGAUCCCGAGUCCUUUGCAUUGGGAGCUGCACAAUUCUUUUCGGAUAUUUACAUGAGGAGGUCUUUUGUUAUGUCGAUAAUGCCGUUUAAGCCGGAUGUGAUUGUGUUCCUCGGAGAUCAGUUCGAUGGGGGACCGGCAUUGACCGAUCAAGAGUGGCAGGAAUCAUUAAGCCGCUUUAAGCAUAUCUUUGGUUUGAAUGAUGAAAGAAGAAAAUCAGACGUAUCAGUGUAUUACCUAUCUGGAAAUCAUGAUAUUGGCUAUUCAAGCAUCCAUGCAAAAUAUCCUAAGGUGCUUAGUCGCUAUGAGAAAGAAUUUGGACCUAGAAACUAUCAUUUCUCUGCUGGAACAGUGGAGUUUGUUGUCGUCGACGCUCAGACUUUGGAUGGGUCUACACAAGGAGCAGAAACAUCCUUGUCUUGGGAAUUUAUCAAAAAUAUUUCAAAAGUUAAUCCAUCAAAACCUAGGGUAUUAUUGACACAUAUCCCGCUGUAUCAUGCUGAUGAGACACCUUGUGGCCCUUAUCGCUCAUCCCCUAUUAUCAACCAGAGGGUUUUAUAUUCUGAUCCUGAUCAUGAGAUAAGUUAUCAGAAUUAUCUCAGCAAGGAAACUUCAAGUCGCUUAUUGGACUCCAUCAGGCCUAUACUUGUCGUAUCUGGUCAUGAUCAUGAUCAAUGUACUGUGACCCACACAACACCUUCUGGCCCUGUAACAGAGCACACUGUAGGGACUGUUAGCUGGCAGCAGGGAAACCUGUAUCCAUCAUUCAUGCUCCUUACUGCAACUACUUCUUCAAACACAACCAACUCUAAAGAUUUGAUUUCUACUCAACAGUGUUUUCUGCCAAUGCAAACCCACAUCUAUAUCUGGUACCUAGGUCAAUUUAUUAUGACUCUUGUUUUGCUCGUCAUUUGGCCAACAAAUGGUUUUGGAUGUUGGAACUGGUUGAGCGAAUGCAUGAAUUCUAUCAGAUCGAUUCGAAGGAACUUGGUAGUUUCAUCCAAAGAGAAGGAUGACGAGGAUUGUGAAUAUGAGAUGAUUUGGGAUGCAGAGGGAUCAGCGCAUUUAGUUAGGAGGCCAACACCGAAGGGCCCAAUUGCAAAGUCCGAUUUAGGACCAACAGGAAGGGGUACUGUCACCAUUAGGCAAACAGCAAAGAAAACGGUUGUUGAGGAACCAGAAUCAUCGGUUUCUUUGGAUAUCAACACUGCCAAAGUUCCUCGGUUAAACAAAUCAAAGGCAAGGAGAUUUAUUGGAAGACUGAUUAGGGUAUUUCAGUUGCUCACCGUGAUUGCUGCUGUAAAUGUUCCUCUUUAUAUGAUGAUGUUGUUCAAGGAUUGGAUUGACCGAUAAUGGAGAGCCAGGACAAAUUGUGGCUUGAAACGAGACGAUGAGAAUAUUUGUUCAUAAUUAUUGUGCACUGUAGUUUGUUUCUGAUUUUUUUUAUUGCAUUGAA